AUGAAGGCAGUCAGUCCGGUGAGGUCCAUAAGGAAACCCGCCUUGUAUUUUUCGGAGCAUAAUCUCGGCAACUCACGGGGCAAGAGCUCCUCGGACGACCCGCUCAGUCUCCUGUUCAACAUGAAUGACUGCUACAGCAGGUUGAAGGAGCUCGUGCCGAGCUUACCGCAGAACAAGAGCGUGAGUAAGAUGGAGAUCUUGCAGCAUGUCAUAGACUACAUUCUGGACCUUCAGAUCGCACUCGACCAGCCGCAAUCAGCAGAUCCUCGGACAGAGCCCUCCAAAAAGACCGUCAGAUCACUCGGAGCUAUCAUCUCCUUUCAGCCCAGUAACCCUCAAGGAGAGAUCAUCUCAGAUGACCUUAUAACAUUAUAA